AUGGGCCUACUGGGUUCGAUAGGCUUCGCGGCCAUCGCUGGGGCUCUUCUCAUUGGUACCGCGCUCUAUAUCGCCGGUAACAUAUUCUACAACCUCUACUUGCAUCCGCUCGCGUCUUUCCCCGGCCCGCUCCUUCGGCGCGCCACUCGGCUUUCCUGGACUGUUGCCUUGCUUCGCGGUAGGAUCGUCUUCGAUUCCGUCCGUAUCCAUAACAAAUACGGCCCGGUCGUACGCGUCGCUCCGGAUGAGCUGGCCUUUCUCGAUCCCCGCGCCUGGCGGGACAUAAUGGGAGGUGGUGCUUCGGAGAUUCCUAAGUGGCGUGGAAUGUACGGCGUGCCCGCAUUUCUUCCGCCACAUAUACAGAAUACCAUCGACAAGGACUAUCACCGUUCUCUUCGCAGGACCUUAGCCCCGGGGUUCUCCGAUGCUUCCUUGCGAGCGCAAGAACCCAUGAUGAUCAAGUACGUGGACUUAUUAAUGCAGCGUUUGAGGGAGAAGUGCGCAGAUGGCCCUAUCAACUUAGAGCUAUGGUUCCGAUACGUUGUUUUCGACAUCAUCUGUGACCUCACCGUAGGCGAAUCUUUUAGAUGCCUCGAGAGCGACGGCCUACAUCCGUGGAUCAUGGCCAUGAUCGAUGGCGGGAAGCCGAUGGGCUUCCUCACCGCGAUCAACAUGUACCCCGCCUUGACCGCGCUGCUGAAUCCAAUUUUAGGCAUAUCAGCAAGGGGCCUUGUGCACAUUCUCAACGAAAUGGUGAAGCCAAUGGUAGAGAAGCGCCUCGCGGUUGGCGAACGGCCGGAUCUCAUUAACCCUCUCGUGCGCCUUCAAAAUGGCGGCGAAUCUUCGAUGUCCGACCUUAUCAUCAACACUAAUGUCAUCGUGGGCGCUGGCGCAGAGACGAGUGCUGGAGCCCUAACUGCCGUCGCAUCGCUGCUCAUCGACAACCCCGACAGACUCGCGAAGCUCCAGUCGGAGGUCCGUUCCGCGUUCGAGGACGAGAGCCAGAUCACAGCCGAAGCCGUCUCCCGCCUACCGUACCUCGUGGCUUGUUUAGACGAAGCGAUGAGGCUAUUUCCUCAGACUGGCUCUCCAUCGCUGCGACUAACAGACAGGGACACUAUUAUCGCUGGAGUACACGUCCCGAAGAACACUGUCGUUGGCGUCUGGCCUUGGGCCAUGUAUCGCACCCCCACCCUGUGGACGGAACCCAAUGAGUUUCGACCGGAACGGUUCACGGGGGAUCCGAAAUACGCGAACGAUGUACGCGAAGCGUUCAAGCCUUUCUUCACCGGAUCGAGAGACUGCAUCGGGCAGAACCUGGCCCUCAUCGAAAUGCGCCUCAUUCUGGCUCGUAUGGUGUUCAAUUUCAAUAUGAAGAGGUCCAACGAUCCAAAUAGUCAUAACUGGAUCAGCAAGCAGAAGAAUGCUUUCAUCGUCUGGGAUAAGACACCACUUCCGGUUCAACUCACGCCGGUUCGACAAUGAUAGUGCUUGGCGAUUACAACGGGAGCCCGCUUCCACGAAUUGUACCUAAUCUACCUAACACCUGUUAAUGAGGGAUUUGAGGUAUACCUUUUCCGGUAGCUCAGAGACAUUCCUCUAGUUGCGUACAGCAGGGGGUUUCCAGCAGCCUAUCUCAUCUCGAGAGAUAACAAUUUGACGUAGAGCAUAAUAUCGUC